AUGGCUGCCACGGCCGGGAACAGGAGGGUCAACGCCGCCGCCGCACGAGCUCACACGCGGAAGCGGAAGCAAAGCUCCUCCUUUCUUUCCUCCGGUAAGCCCGCCGCCUCCGCUGCCAUCUCUCUCCCCGUUGAAUGUCCUUCGGAUGCCUCCGGCAGGAGAUGAGAUGCGCCUCUCGUCUUUCAGGGUUGCUGGUGAAGCUGCUGGCGGUUUCUCUGGUGGGGCUGGCGGCGUGGUUCUACCAGGCCAUCGAGCCGCCGCCGCCGAGGAUCUGCGGAUCCCCGAACGGCCCCCCUGUUGAAUCCCCCAGAGUGCGGCUCAAGGACGGCAGGCAUCUCUCCUACAAGGAAGGGGGCGUCCCCAGGGAGAAGGCGAAACACAGGAUCGUCUACAUCCAUGGAUUCGACUCCUGCAAGCACGACGUCCCCCCUCUAUCCAAGGUACUGCAGCGUCAUUCGUCUGAUUUCCAUCUUUUUCUCCAUCUUCCUCGAAGUGGGGGAGCUCUGUGCCGACACAACCAGUCGUGGGUUCUUCUCCCAGGAGUUGGCGGAGGAGCUGGGGGUGUAUCUGGUGUCCUUCGACAGAGCUGGCUAUGGCGAGAGCGAUCCAAACCCCAACAGGACCGAGAAGAGCACGGCUCUGGAUGUGGAGGAGCUCGCCGACCAGCUGGGCCUCGGGCCCAAGUUCUACGUCAUCGGGUUCUCCAUGGGCGGGCAGGCUACCUGGGGCUGCAUCAAAUACGUCCCCCAUCGGUUUGGCUCCUCUCUGACACUCCGUCGAUUCAUGAACCCUAAUUUCUUCUCCGUGGAUUGAUUCAUCGCUGAUGAUGUUUUUUCUCGGCUUUUUUCUUCUUCCAUGUAUAAACGGGUUCUCGGGUAUGACGAAAAUUGCAGGCUCGCCGGCGUGGGGCUGGUCACUCCGGUGACCAACUACUGGUGGCCUGGUUUUCCGGCGAACCUGUCCAGGGAGGCCUACUAUAACCAGCUGGGCGCUGACCAGUGGGCACUCAGAGUCGCCCACUACCUCCCCUGGUUGACCUACUGGUGGAACACCCGGAGAUGGAUCCCGCCGUCCAACGUCAUAGCCUACAACCCCGCCCUUUUCUCCCCAGACGAUGUCAAGCAACUUCCCAAGUUCACGGAUCGAGCUGCAUACUAUGUUGGUACCCAACUCGCGACUGUUCGUUUAUUCCUACUUUUUAGGGGGCAAAGUUAUCGUCUUUGAGAGAUGCCGCGCCGCCAUUGUUGCUCAGAAGAUGUGGGUUUCUUUCUGGUGGCAGCACCAGGUGAGACAGCAGGGGGAGUACGAGUCGCUGCACCGGGACAUGAUAGUGGGCUUCGGGACUUGGGAGUUUGAUCCCAUGGAGAUGGAGGACCCGUUCGCCGGCGGAGAGGCCGCCGCCGUCCACCUCUGGCAGGGAGACGACGACCGCCUCGUGCCGGUGAAGCUCCAGCGCUACGUGGCGGCGCGCCUACCUUGGGUUCGCUACCACGAGCUCCCCGGCGCCGGACACCUUUUCCUCCUCGCCGACGGCAUGUUCGACACCAUCGUGAAGACCCUCGUGCUCGGCGACGGCGAACAACUGUAG